AAGGGUAUUCUUCUUCGACUCUCAACAGAAACAAGCAAGAAAAUGUCUGGACGUGGAAAGACCGGAAAGGUUAAGGCCAAGGCAAAGAGCCGCUCCUCCCGUGCCGGGCUCCAGUUCCCGGUGGGUCGUGUCCACAGGCUGCUCAGGAAGGGAAACUACGCCCAGCGUGUCGGUGCCGGAGCCCCGGUCUACCUGGCCGCCGUGCUGGAGUACCUGACCGCUGAGAUCCUGGAGUUGGCUGGAAACGCUGCCCGUGAUAACAAGAAGACCAGGAUCAUCCCCCGUCACCUGCAGCUCGCCGUCCGCAACGACGAGGAGCUGAACAAGCUGCUCGGCGGAGUGACCAUCGCUCAGGGAGGCGUGCUGCCCAACAUCCAGGCCGUCCUGCUGCCCAAGAAGACCGAGAAGGCCAAGAAGUAAAGACCCGGAAACCUUCACAACAAAACGGCUCUUUUAAGAGCCACCCACCUUAAACUAAAGACAAAGGUCCUCCAGUACUUUAAACAAGGAAGUCAAAUGUUUAACACAGAUUACAGGUUGAAUUGUUUUCUGAUCAGUAAGUACCUGCGUGACUGACAUGCAGGUACUGGUUCUACAAGUCAGACUAGUUUUAUAUUCAUUAGUGUACCAGGAAUUGAUCUACAUGCAGAACUAGUUGUAUACAGGUCAGGAGGUGAACUCAAACUCCGUAUGAAAACGUCAACAUAGUAUUUCUACCUGGACUACAUGAUCACUUAAGUUACUUUAUCAGAUACAUUAUGAUCUUUAGAUUUCUACUGAUAUGAAUUUUAUCUGAGUUUUAUAGUAUAAGUAUAAUUUGAAGAGUUGUGGGUGUCGCUGAUUAAAUCGCGCGUCAGCCUUAAAUUAAAAUUAAAAAUGGCGGCUCUUCCUCUACCGUUAGUAAACACGGUGACGUCACUGCUCAGGGUGCCUUCAAGCGCCAAAAUUUGAACAAUCCGGAGGAUUCAACAGUGACUGUUAUAUUCCUGUCAUUUUUUUGUUUUCAUGAAUUUUGUAUGGAUAUCUUUUACUUGUGACUAGACUAUAUGCUAAACUCAGAACUACUACUAAUACAGGAUGACACCAUAAACAUAAAUUUAAUGACAGCAGUAUGUAUUCUUAGAACUUUAUUGAAUCAACUGAUUUAAUUACAGAACAAGAAAUAAAGAAACCAAAGACGUUAGAGGAGGGUUUACUUACCUGCACUUCUGUGGGUGGUUAUUUCUUUUGGAGGAUGUCUUUUCAUUUUAUCUACUUAAUCUUAUUUGUUGUAAAUAAGUGUAUAUUUUCUGAAGAAGUUCUGCACAGGAAGCUUUUACACAUGUACGUAUGUAUCUUAUGUGUUUAUAAAGCAGCAUUCAUGUUGACAUGAACAGAAACAUCUCUUGUUUAACUGACUUUAUAUACAUUCAUUAAGAUGUUUAUCGCCUUCAAAAUAAAAGCUUGUUCAACAGUUCAAACACUG